UACAGAUCUAUCAUUGAUGUGGUUUGCUUUUAACUUGAAAUAUCACACAAAACCACCUGGAUGUUUUUGUCCUGAGAGAGAAAGAGCAGCUGUUGUAAAAAUAUAUCCCUUGUGAAGGUUAGUGUGAAGAGGCAGACUAUGUCCAAAGAGCUUGGGAUGAGGCCAGUGAUGGUUCUGCACAAUGAUAGCGUUAACUUCCAAUUGCAUUCCGUCAGCAAUGAGGACGAAGCCUGGAAAAGCUACCUGGAAAACCCGUUAACGGCAGCAACAAAAGCCAUGAUGAGCAUUAAUGGUGACGAUGAAAGUGUGGCUGCUUUAAGUCUUCUCUAUGACUAUUAUAAGGUUCCAAAACAGGAAAGAUUUAUACUGCCCGGAAAAGUAAAUCGUCCCUGUGAAGCAAAUGCAGUAAGGAGGCAUAACACUGGGACUGAAUUUGAUAUUGACAAUAUUUCAUUUCUGGAAAAUUCAAUUCCAACGAUGAAACCUUUGCCUGAAGAUACCAUUAUGUCCACGGAGUUUCCCGAUCCAAACAGAAGAUCUCAACGAUUCCAUUCAGACUCGAGCUUUCCUGUUCCUAAGUCUCAGCCAUUGUUGGAUACCUGUAUCACAGAUUUAUAUGACUGCAACCUCACUGAAUCAUUUGAUAACAUUUUAAUGACACAGCCACAACAAAGGUGGACGGCGGAGAACAUGGCAGAUGAGGCCUUUUUAAAUGAUUUGAUAAGACCGCCUUGUGAUGAAGACAAUGUUACGAACAAUAACCCAAGGGUCGACUUUGAGUACAUGCUGGAGGCACCUAAAUCUGUCAACCAGAAACUCGGGGAAGAAUCGCUGGGUUACCUCAACAAAGGACAGUUUUAUCCAGUCACACUGAGAGCUGUGGAGAGUGACAAAUGUUUGCAGUCACAACCAACCAAAGUUCGAAGUAUGGUAAUGGCUGUAUUUGACAAUGGAAAGAGCCCAGAAGACCAAAUGAAGAAUUGGAAACACUGGCAUUCCCGACAGCACACUGCAAAGCAAAGGAUCAUUGAUUUUGCAGAUUACAAGGAAAGCAACAGCACCAUCAGCUGUGUUGAAGAAGUGGCAUUCAAUGCCCUCUCGUUCAUCUGGGAUACCAGCAAAGAAGCAAAGGUUCACAUUGGAAUUAACUGCCUGAGUACAGACUUCUCCACACAGAAGGGAGUCAAAGGUCUACCCUUGAAUCUCCAGAUAGACACAUAUGACUGUGAAAGCAAAUCAGACAAGCCUAUUCACCGAGCCGUCUGCCAAAUUAAGAUAUUUGUGGACAAGGGCGCUGAGAGAAAAAUGAGAGAUGAAGAACGCAAACAAUCUAAAAGAAAAAGCAAGUACCCAGACUCCACCACGGAUGCUGUGACUAACAGAAGGAUUCCACAGCCAGACCACAAAGGAAAUGAUAUCACAUAUUUUAAGACCAUGACAGAUGUAAUUUCUUCUCCUGUGUUAUUCACCCCAGAAGCCCAUUUCAUUUAUUCACAGCGAACUGGAUUGGGGCAUUCGAUGGGUUGUGAUGUCCCACAUCCUGAGAGGUUCCCAUUAAAAAGGGGAAGCAAGACACUGUACAACGAUGAAGUGGAUUUGCCAAUCAAACUUGCCAAGCUAUAUGAACCAGAGAGAGUGCUGUUAUAUGUACGUAGGGAGUGUGAAGAGGUUUUCGAUGCCUUAAUGUUGAAAACUCCUAAUCUUAAUGGAUUGAAGAGUGCUAUCUCAGAGAAGUAUGGGCUGCUUGAGGAAAGAAUCUGCAAAGUUUACAAGAAGUGUAUGAAAGGAAUUUUGGUGAACAUGGAUGAUAACAUUGUGCAGCAUUACUGUAACCAUGCUGCAUUUUUGGUGGAAAUAAAGGACACGUAUGGAGGCUAUCAAAUAACACUUAAAGAGGUUUAAGCAGACUCAACAUUCCUAGAAGUACAGAAUAUAGAAAAGACCAGGAAUUACUCUACCUCUGUCCCUCUGUCCAUGAACAUAUACUAUUGGCUGCUUUGGACCAAAGAGUUUUGUGCCAUGCUUCUCUUCUGAGCUAACACCAAAACAGGUUUGCUUAAGCCAAGUGUGAAGAGUUAACUUUAUUCUACACUUCUCUGGGUGAUAGCUGAAGCAAUAUUUUUCUUCUACACCUACACCGCUCAAGAUGUUCCUUUUGGGAUCUGAAAGUCAUGUAUGUCUUCACUCCAUCUAACCAAGCUCCGCGGACUAUUGGACCAUCUACCAGGAUGCCAGCCAGUCUUUGUAUAUUUCAGUAUGUCACAGCAUGUGAUAUUUUGGAACUAUUUGUUCAUUUCUGUAAUCUACUUGUUUUAUAAAACCACAAUUCAACAUUUUCAGAUUUCCAGCCGGUUUCUCAAUAUAUAGUAUUUACACAAAUGGAUUACUAUUUAUGGUGCUCAUGAAGUAUUUGGAAGAAUUCAUUGCUCAUAAAGAAACAUUAUUUCUUCUGUGGAGGGGGACCCUGCCUCCGAUAGUUAAAAAGAACAUUUAUUUCUCCUUUAAAUAUUACUGUGUAGUUCCACUGAAACACACUUCCUUAAUACACAUCAAGAGUCUGCCCCAACCUUCUUUAAUGUUUCAGUGGAAGAAGUAUUUGCCUGUAUUCACUUUUAAUGCUGCAGAUGGUCCAAGCUCAUCCUGAUGUGAUCAAGAAUUUCCAUAGAUUAUCAGCAUGUACAGAACUUAUGUACUUUUAGAGUCAUGGUGUUUUGUAAUCAUAUCAUGGCUUGAGACCUUUAAAGCAUUGUACUAUGCUUGCUUGUAAAAUACUGUAUCAUAGGAUAAUAACUCUGUUACCAAAGUACUAUUCGGGUUACCAGGUUUUAAAUUUUUGUAGCCCUAAUAACUGCCCAAUUCAAUGAAGGAAGAUUUUGUUUAUGCCCCUUUGAAGCAAGUAUUUUCCUUGAUUGGACACAUGAAAUUAAUCAAAGAAGGAGUGCUUUUCUUUGCAAAAGCAUUGUUUCCUGUUAAGUUCAAUAGCAUUUUUACUAAGUUUGCAAAUUUGAUGAUCAUUCACCUGACUAAUUAUUUGCAGAAAUGUGACAUUUCUAUGCCUGAAGAUAUGGUAAUAAGGAUGAUUUGAGAAUUCUGUCUUCAUCCGACUGAUUUACUAAAUGUUGAUUUCCAAUUGUUUGCUAAUACUUUUGAGAACACUUACUUGGGUAUAAAGUCAGAGAUGUGCAACAUGCUCAAAUAUUUUCCUAACAUUAUUAGAGGAAAACAAGAACAUUUCUUGCAAUGAAUUGUCUUUUGUCAUUACUAUAUUUGUGCAUCUAACAUGGUCAAUUUUACUUUACUUUAAUUUCUUUAAUAUUUUACUCAGGAUCUCCACGAUGUGAAAGCAUAUAUAUUGUAAAUACAAAGAGUUAGCUUCAAGUAUAGACAUUGUGGUGAUGGACAUUUCACAUUUAUGAUAUGUUUUUCAAACUGAAGAUGAGAUCUCACAAUGGUGGGAUAUAUUUUUGUUAUUCCAUUAUAAUGAAUUAGUAUGUCUGGUGUAACACUCUAAUAUUGUAACUUUCUGGAUGUUACUAUUGAGUUCAAAUAUUAAAGAGUUACAUAAACUUCACUGCCAAAUUCCUGUAAAAAUUUCAAUUGAUUAAAAUGUAACUUGUUUUAAAAAUAGAUCUCCAAAUUGUUCUAUUCCUCACUUCACAAGGGAAUGGUACUCCAACUGUGUCCAUGUGUCAUUACCUAUUUGCUCUAUGUUGAGUGUUCACAAUGCUGUUUUUUUAAACUUAAUCAUUCUAAACAAAUUCCAUUGAAGCUUAAAAUGCAUAAUAUUUCUAUCAGUCGCAGAUAUUAUACAAUAAGGACUCCCUUCCCCUUAAUACACAUCACUGCUUCCUACUCAAUACACACUGAAACAUAGAAACAUAGAAAAAUAUGUGCAGGAGUAGGCCAUUCGGCCCUUCGAGCCUACACCGCCAUUCAGUAUGAUCAUGGCUGAUCAUCCAACUCAGAACCCUGUAUCUGCCUUCUCUCCAUACCCCCUGAUCCCUUUAGCCACAAGGGCCAUAUCUAACUCCCUCUUAAAUAUAGCCAAUGAACUGGCCUCAACUGUUUCCUGUGGCAGAGAAUUCCGCAGAUUCACCACUCUCUGUGUGAAGAAGUUUUUCCUAAUUUAGGUCCUAAAAGGCUUCCCCUUUAUCCUCAAACUGAAGUAUUGCACAGGUCUUUAACAGUGUUGCUGAGCAAAUAGAUCUUGGGAUCCAAGUUCAUAACUCCUUGAAAGUGGCUAUGCAAGUUGAUAAGGUGGUUAAGAAGGCUUAUGGAAUGCUUGUUUUUAUUAGUCGAGGUACUGAGUUUAAAAGUCAAGGGGUUAUGUUGCAAGUCUGUAAAACUCUGGUUAGGUCACAUCUGGAGUUUUGCAUACAGUUCUGGUCACCCCAUUAUAGGAAGAAUAUUGAGGCUUUGGAGAGGGUGCAGAAGAGUUUUGCCAGGAUGCUGCCUCGUUUAGAGGGCAUGUGCUAUCACGAGAGGGUGGAUAAACUUGGGUUGUUUUCUCUGGAACACCAGAGGAUGAGAGAAAAUCCGAUAGAGGUUUACAAGAUUAUGAGAGGGGUAGAUAGCAUCUCUGUUUCUUGGGUUGAGGUGUCUAGCACCAGAGGAUAUGCAUUGAAGGCGAGGGGGGUUUGGUUCAAAGGGGAUGUGAGGGGUAAGUUUUCCGCUCAGAGAGUCAUGGAUGCCGGAGAUGUGCUGCCUGGUAUGGUGGUGGAGGUAAAUAUAUUAAAGGCUUUUAAAAGAGACGUUUGGGUAGGCAUAUGGAUGUUAGGAGGAUGGAGGGAUAUGGACAUGAUGUGGAUAGGAGGGAUUAGUGGUUAGGUGAUUUCAUUUGCUUUUUAUCUGGUUCGGCACAACAUCGAGGGCCGGGUGGCCAGCUCCUGUGCUGCACUCUUCUAUGUUCACACUCCUCCUGGGAACCAGUAGAUAAUAUAGUUCAUGCUAAAGUCCAUGUGUUUCUUGCUAGAGAUAAAUUGAUUCUAGCCUUGUAAGAACAAAACAGAAUGCACAGAGUGUUAAGGUCCACUCCCAUACCAUUAUUCUACAUGUCUCAUGGACCAUUACUAAGCAUUGUCCUCCUCACUAGUCAUCACUGUGUCUGUUCCUUGUAAAGUGACCAAUGGUGCCCAUUAUGUUGAGUAGUGAAUUAUAAAGGUGGUGGUGGUGAUGGUGGAGUGGGAAAGCUUUCCAAAAAUGUCAAAGAACUGUUAAUCUUUCAUUUCCAUCAGCACUGCUUCAUCAGGGAACCCCAUUCAGUGUCAACCGAUUAAUGGCAAUGGCGGUUGAAUCAAGGAAGCAUUGAGAGUUGUGAAGACAAAGUUCACCAUGGAAUGCCUUGUUGAACCCAUACUGCUCGUGGUUUCAUGAGUUAGCCUUUCCUUAUGAGGUAAAUUGCAAAUGCCUGUUCAUCCUUGCCUUGUCUUUUUGAGUCAGGUACAGUGACAACUGAUUGUAGAUCAUGUAGGAAAAUGGUGAUUGAACAUGUGACACAUUUUAUUAACUGGGAAACCUUGUCAAAUGAUAAAGAUUUGUUUUAUAUUUGAAUUUAAAUGAAAAGUAAAUAA